AUGGCAUUCGCACACCAACUUGGAGCUGCGCGACUUCUGCUCCGCCAACACCGCUUCGGCCUCGCCCAAUCCAGCUGCCGCCGCACCAUGGCGACACUUUCUCAGAAACUCAGCAACGAGCCCGCCGUGAUCAAGCCAUCGGCGGCAGAGAUCAAGAACAAGACCCUCUCAUCACGCAACCUCGAAAUGGCCGUCCGUCACCUGCACGCCGACGGCCUCGUCGUGGUCGAGGACGCCGUGCCGCAUGCAGACCUCGAUGCUCUGAACGCAAAGAUGGUCCCCGACGCCCGGUAUCUGCAGUCGCUCGGCGAAGACGGGCCCUUCAACUACAACCAAGGCAAUCUGCAACAGGACCCGCCGCCGGUGGCCGAGUAUUUUUUUCCCAGCAUCUUUACCAACAAGAUCGCGACGCAGAUAACCUCGUCCAUCCUCGGCCCCCGCCCGAAAUGGACCUUUUGCUCCGCCAACUCCGCCAUGCCGCCUUCGUCCCCCGACUCUCCCCCGCAGCGCCAGCCCGUGCACUCGGACGCCGACUUUGACCACCCGCACCACCCCUUUGCGCUGGUCGUCAACGUGCCGCUCGUCACCAUGACGCCGCACAACGGCUCGACGGAGCUGUGGCUCGGCACGCACCACCUCUCGGACCUGUCGGCGCAGGAGGGCGCGCACGGCGAGCGGGCCAGCGGCCGCAUCAGGCAGCGCCUCCUGGACGCACGCCGGAGCACAAGAGGCCCCUGCCAGCCCGUCGUCAAGAAGGGCAGCGUCGUGGUCAGGGACCUGAGGCUCUGGCACGCGGGCAUGCCGAACCUGAGCCGGGACGAGGUCCGGGUCAUGCUGGCGUUUAUACACUUUGCGCCGUGGUAUCGCAACCCCAUGAGGUUGAGGCUCGGGGAGGACGUCAAGGCCAGGAUCGAGGACGUCGCGGCCGAGCUGGAUGUUCCGGUGGACUGGGUGGGGAGGGAGGAGGUGCUGGGUGAGUAUCUGCGGCGCGGGUUUGGGAAUAGCUAUGAUUUUGGGCAGGAGGCGUGA